CCCUCCUCAGCUAACUUCCUUUCAGCAUUUUUUUGAGCUGGAUAAUCCUAGGAUUUGUAAAACGGGGGAAAGGAGAGAGCGAGCGAGUGGGAGUCAGGACAGGAAGCUGGUUUCUCAUUCCUCUAACUGUCCGAAGGCAGGAGGAGGGGAAGGGGGGGAGCCAAAGAGAAGCCUUGUGCCGACUCUUCCCUGGUCCCUUUUCAUUAGUCCGUUUGAACUUCCAGUCUCCUCUGAAAGCCAAGAGAAGGACAACCAGACUGGGACACUUUCUGCUGGGAGCGGUGACAGUGUGGCUGACAAGACCCAGAAGGUGGCCGUGGAGGUUCCCGGGAUUGCGCUGAGGGAAAGACGUCCCGUCCCCCGUCCCCCCCUCCCACCAUCAUCUGCCCCCAACUUGCCAGCUCCGAUGCGGGCACCCAUCCACCACCCACUUCCCUCUGAUGAGAACUCUUCCGGGCUCAGGCUAUGAUCGCUGCUGCUGCCGGCUGGGGAGCCUCCUCUCGCCCUGACCUUCCUCUGCCACAGGAGCAGCCCAACAUCUGGUGGGGAUUAAUGUUUACUUCUCUGGCUGGACGCUAUACGGGACCCCCGAUGUUGCUCCCUGGGAGUGGGACACAGGCGGUGGUCUGAGGAGAAGAGCGAGAUUUUUGUCGCCCAGCGUGAGGCCGGGGGGGAGGGGGGCACGGCAGGAGGGGGGCGAACCUCUUUUGGGACUAACCUCAUGAAGAACAAGGGAGCCAAACAGAAACUCAAGAGGAAGGGAGCCGCGAGCGCGUUCGGCUGCGACCUGACGGAGUAUCUGGAGAGCUCUGGGCAGGAUGUUCCCUACGUGUUGAAGAGCUGUGCGGAGUUCAUUGAGACUCAUGGCAUUGUGGAUGGGAUCUACCGCCUCUCAGGAGUGACAUCCAACAUACAAAAGCUGAGACAAGAGUUUGUUUCUGACCAAUGCCCGGAUCUGACAAGGGAAGUUUACCUCCAGGACAUCCACUGCGUGGGGUCUCUCUGCAAGCUGUACUUCAGGGAGCUGCCCAACCCUCUCCUCACUUAUGAGCUCUACAAGAAAUUCACGGAAGCAGUAUCACGCUUCCCUGAGGACGAGCAGUUGGCACGAAUUCAAAAUGUCAUCCAGGAGCUCCCACCAUCGCAUUACAGAACGCUGGAAUACCUGAUCAAGCACCUGACUCACCUGGCCUCCUUCAGCAACAUGACCAACAUGCACACCAGAAACCUGGCCUUGGUGUGGGCUCCCAAUCUCCUCAGGUCAAAGGAGAUUGAGGCAGUUGGUUGCAAUGGGGAUGCAGCUUUCCUGGAGGUGCGAGUGCAGCAGCUGGUGAUCGAGUUCAUCCUGAAUCACGUGGAUCAGAUCUUCAACAACAACAGAAAAGCCAGUUCUGCAGAGAACAUUGAGAGUGCAUCGGUUGUGAAAAGUCUGACCCUCCCCUCGGCCUCCCUGCCGAUGAAACUGGUGAGCCUGGAAGAAGCGCAGGCACGGAGUCUGUCUGCCUCCCACCCUGCUCGGAAGGAGAGAAGAGAGAACAGCUUGCCUGAAAUUGUCCCUGUAACUGGGUCCCUCUUCCACACGGUUGUUGACCUCCCCGACAGCAAGAGAAAAUUAUCUACCAAGUCCAAGAAAUGGAAGUCGAUAUUUAACUUGGGCCGUUCUGGCUCAGAAUCAAAGUCUAAACUGAGUCGAAAUGGGAGUGUCUUCGUAAGGGCACAGAAACUCUCUGAAAAAGCAACUAUUCGGCCCGCGAAGAGCAUGGACUCGCUGUGUUCCUUACCAGUGGAAGGGGAGGAUGAAAAGAGCAGGUUCAAACGAACAGUGACUACUGGAGGUUUUUUUGUGCCCGUGAUGAAGAUACGGACAGGAGGCACAGGCAGCUCAUAUGACCUCAGCAAGGAGAACGAAUGGGAGCGGGAACGAUCUGCCACGGGGGCCAAAGGAAGCUCAGAGCUGAGUGGGGAGAAGUGUCCUCCCCGGACACCGCAGGCAAAGUCACCCCCUGAGCAGCUGAAGGUCUUCCGGGCAGCAGAGGAUGCCGAAAACGAGCAGACUUCCCCCAAAGGCGGCCGCAUGUUCUACACCUCUGAAACAGCCGCCAAGUCGGGCUUCCCAAGCAGCCUUUUUCCCUUGGAGGCCUCCCCUCGUCACCAGAGGAAAGCCCUGAACAUCUCUGAGCCUUUCGCCGUCUCUGUCCCUCUGCGGGUAUCCGCAGUCAUCAGCACCAACAGCACCCCGUGCCGCGUGCCCGCCAAGGAGAAGCUUUCCCUCUCCAGCCUAGAGGAGCUGUCUUCCCUGGUGGCUGAGAGCACGAGCCCCUCUGCCCUGGAAGCGGGGACCCACUCAAAGACAGAGCAGGUGCCAGAGCGAAAGGAGAAACAGCCGGAGCCCACCCUGCCAGCGGCAGGAUCUAGAGGCUCUCACCCUGAGGAGCUGGUGGCAGCCAGGAAACCUGAGUCCUUAGAAACUCCACAGGCAGCAGCAGAAAAUCAGAUGUUAUGUGAGCAAAGCAGCUGCACAAGCAACACCAGCAGCCCCCAGCAGUCCUCCGAGCAGAGUCCCACCUUGGAACAAACACCAGCCUCAGAAGUUCAUACGGGUCCGCUCCCUGCAGACAAGGCAGAGCAAGGGCAGCUCAAGGUGAAGGAUAUUUCCUCAGAAGGCAGCUGUGGCCAGCAAGAGAUCAAGACGGCUAAGACAGAAGAAGGGUUGCACUUAAGAGAUGUGACUGAGGAAGACUCUGCGAAUGCCCUUCUAGAACCACUGUGGCCAGAGAUACAGCAGGAACUGAAAAUUAUCGAACCUGAAGAGGAGAUCUUGCUCUUGCCUGCAACUGUCCACAAGAAGGGCCUAAUUUCUGAAUCCUCUUCUUCAAUACAAACAGACAGUUAUUCCUCUGGCCCAGGGCAGAGUCCCACACUGUCUGAGGAGAAAUCGGCAAGCAGAACACCCCAGAUAGCAACUCAGGUGCCUUUAUUCGGUGCCACCAGCACAGAACAACAAGAUACCCUCCACAACUGCCAGUCUGAUGUGGUUGCACAGCAGAGCUGUGCUUCAGCCCUACCCAAACUGGGUACUCUUCCUACUGGCACAGCCACUCCAAAGAACCCCCACCCAGUGGUGGACAGCCCGAGUGAACGCCUCACUCCUCCCCUGGACUGGAAGCUUCAUAGUCAAUCAGAAUUUAAUGACCUUGCCCCAAGCGAUGAGUUUUCUUGUUCCAAAGGAGCAUGUCCAGAGUCAGGGAGAGAAAAAGAUAGCACUGGUCAGCUGCAGAGGGAAAAGGAUGGUCUUAGCAGAGUCCAGUCUCAGAGGGAGAAGCCUGAGAUACUGACCACUGAUGAAAGGAACACAUUCUUCUCCAAGGCACUGAGCGGAGCUGGAAUUCAGGAGCUGAAGGAAGGCAACUCUAUUAGCAGAACCCAUGAUGCUGGUGACCAGGAUGAUGAGGAUACCUGGACAGAUAAUGUGCAGAGCUUAGAACUUGUGGAGCCGUGGGAGGAUCACCAGUGGGUUACAAGCCCACUCCAUUCCCCCACCUUUAAGGACAUUCAGGGGAAGAUGAUACAGGAGUUUCAGCCACAGAGACAGAGAGCAGAGACAGGACUUUCUCUUAGACCACGAUUCAGUCGCAGCCUCUCCCUGGACAGCAAAGACACAGUGAUGAGUCUGUGGACUAUCCCAUUCUCUUUCAUAGAUGUCACUGACCAGCAGCAACCAUGCAGUGACAUUCUGCCAGUGACUUGUGAGCUGCCCAAAACACAACCCAUCUCGCCCUCUAAUUUGGGCAAAGCUAAGAAAGAGGAGAAUAGCACAAGUUCUGCAGAAGAACCUUCAAAACCUGAGGAGGUGAAGUACCCUGCCAGCAGAGAGGAAGCACCAGCUGAGAAAGAAGGACCCUCCAGAACCCCUCUUUCAGAGCCAGGGGAAAAGAAAGUGGAGGUGAGCAAAGAAAACCCUUGGAGCUCAGAUCUUGAGCUGUCUUUACCAUACCAAAAGAGCCCACGCAGUUCUUCACAGGUGAAGAACACAAAGGAGGAGUUAUCCAUGUCUCAGGACACUGCCCUGGGAGGUGAUACUGUCACCAAAGCAUUGUGCUCUGCCACUGAUUCACAGCUGAGUAAUAAAGGUGAAGAAACACCUCGCAAAGUGAAGACCAGACCAUCGUCCCUCAACUUGGAUUCACUCCUUCCAGCCCCAGAUUUCUUCACAUUCGAGAGCCUGUCCAUGCCCCCUGCCCCUGGGAACCUCCUCUGCGGGCAGAAGGAAGUAAAAAGCAGUGAUUCUGUCCCAUCCCUGCCAACUGCCUGCCCUGCUGCCAGUAAAGGUGUUCCCUGGGGGUCUCAUUUCAGUGGUCACGUGGAUCUAGACUUGGAUUACCUGGCAGUGGCCCAUGCCACCACUGGUCGCCGUAACUCUGCCCCUGUCAGUGUGUCGGCGGUCAGGACCUCCUUCAUGAUUAAGAUGUGCCAGGCUAGAGCAGUGCCCGUGAUACCACCCAAGAUUCAGUACACUCAGAUCCCCCAGCCCCUGCAGGCUCAGAACGCUGCUCCACCGGCCGAGAAGAAGGAAGCAGAAGCCAAGCAGGCUGUCAGGCAGACUCAACGUGUGGCAUGGGGCCACCUGGAGACCCCCAAGAGCCCGCUGAUAGAGAAGAAAGCCAAAGCGGAGAAAGAAAACAGUGAUCCAGCUCAAACGGACUCAGCCUGUCCUUGGCACAGCAGCCUUGGCUCUCCGCUGGAGCCACCUCGGUCCAGUCAUUACCCAGCUCUGGAUGCCCCUGUUCUGCGCCGAAAGCGCACCUCUGAGGGGGAGACAGCUGGAGAUAACCCACAGUCCUCAAAGAUGGAGAGGCCAUCAGGGUUCUCCAAGCCUUCCUAUAGAUCUAGGCCUGGGAGGCCCCAGAGCCUGAUUCUCUUCAGUCCCCCUUUCCCCAUUAUGGACCACCCCUCCUCUUCAGCAGACUCCAGGGUGUUGUUGUCACCCAUAAGGAGCCCCACUCAGACCACCUCUUCGAGUCCCAUUUGUGGCGAUCUGUCUGAGACUUCACAGACAACGCCUGAGGGGGUGACGCUGCGGAACAAAAUGACCAUCCCCAAGAAUGGCCAGAGACUUGAGACUUCUACCAGCUGCUUUUACCAGCCUCAGAGGCGCUCUGUGAUUCUGGAUGGACGAAGUGGGAGGCAGAUUGAAUAGCAACUGCUCCUCUUACUCCUUUUCCAUGGUGGAUGGAAUGGGAGUGUCCAAGACUAACUCUGUUGCCAUUUUGCUGUUGUUAUAACUAUUUUGUGCAAGAUGGACCCAAAUUCUUUACGGUUUCCUGAGAAGCAUUUUGCUGAGGAGGGUCAUAGUCUUUUUGUCUUGCUUUUCCUUCCCUUUCUUACUGCUGCCUAGUCCCUCACUGUCUGCCUUUUUUUUUUUUUUUUUUUUUUUUUUUUUGUAAGCCAGUACCAAGGAACUUGCAUUUCCUCAUACUUAUUGUCUAGCAAGCCUUGUGAAAGUCUCAUCCUCCCUAUGGAAAAAAGGAAAAAUAAAUCUCAGUAUAAUUAGAAAAUAGGGCUGGGAGGAAAGACUGUUCCAAAGCACUGCAGCCCAGGGCUCAGGGGCACGAUAUCUGUUGAGGAGGUAAGUCUAGAUGUUUGGGGCCUCCUUCCAUUGUUUUCCAUCCACCAGUGAAGGACUAUGCCUAUCCACCUCUGUUGUCUGAUUUAGGCGGGGUAAAUAAACAGUGCAGGAGCCUGGGGAUAGCUGAAGAGGAAGGCAAAGCUGGCAUGAGCAAGUCACACAGAGUGUGAGACACCCAAGGAUGUUCCAGUGACAAAUACGCAACCUGAAGGCGCUGGCUCCUGCUCCAUCCUUGCAUCGAAGAUGUGCUCUUUCCAGCAUGUGCAAGAGCUGGAAUGAAAGUAGCUGGACAGGAAAUGCUUAGUUGUUCUUUUAAUCUUCCAAGUCCUGCUCAUGAGUUUUGUUGUGCUCAGCCACACCUUCCUUGGGCAGACAAGAUCCGUGUGGCUGGGGAACGCCUGUGCAGCUGGCUGUCCAGUGGUAGAGACUUCUCAGGCUGGUAUCAAUGAAAGCAAAAAUAUUGUAGCAAAGGCCAGUAUCAACUAUUUUCAUCAUUGUUUAAAGCCAGAUGACAACUCUGCAACUAUCUCCAGCUGUGCUCCACACUGCCAACAGCAGAGAAAAGCAAGAGGAUCUUAUGAUCUGCAUGUCCUUGGGGUAUUGCCCUCUUGCACCCUGAAUGACAUAUCUUUGACCCUUGGUCUUUCAUUGCCACUGUGUGGCAUGUCCCCAGGUGCUCCUUCUUCCUUUAAACCUCCUUUCCUUGUGAUUUUACACUGUUUUGUUGAGAGCAUAGCUGGUUGUCACCUCCCUGGCCCUCAGUGCUUUCAGAUUGAUUAAGGGUAUGGUAAAGAGGAUGAUCUGUGGGACUGCAGAACAGUUCAUGAACAAUUUCCUGAGACGGGGAUUUGAAGUGAAUUAAACUCUCUCCUGAAAGGCCAUUAUUGUUACAGGCAAAUACACGUUCAUAUAAGCAACAGCUGCCAUGGGAAUAGAAUUAAAGCUUCCUUUAUAAAGCCUCUAACUCGACGUUCACCGCAGGCUCAUCUAUUGCCUGGUAUGUGACCGUGGGUGACUGCCAAGUCGGGUACAGCCCAUGCUGUCUCUGCAAUUUAAGUGUCACUAGUGACUACGGAGGAGACGGGGACACAGGUGUUGCUGCCAGCACUGAGACUGUCGUUGUAAGGGUGCAUGCAGGGGCCAUCAUUCGUGAAGAUGCCCGAGUCUGUAGGCCCUCCAACGGGUAUUAUGGGCUGGAGUUUAAGCGGUAGCUAAGCAUCUGGUAGGAAGUGCUGUAGCCACCACAAUGAGUGUCAGCCAGAAUUUCCUAUUGGGUGUAUGUUUAGGGCUUUUUUUUCUGAAGUACUGGCAUUUUCAAAUUGUUAGCAAACUCAAUCCAUGAGCUCCUGGUCUGUACUGAAUGUGUCACUUGAUUAGUGUCAUUGCAGCUGGAGGGCCCAGACCCUGUACCAUGCUUUCUCUGCGCUCUUUGAUUGCUAAAGGGGAGAGAUGCCAGAGUGCUUUUGAGAAAUUCUGGACUCACAAAUACAAGGAACGUAUCUUCAGCAGAAUUUUCUCCUGUCUUAUGCAAAGGGAGCAUGAAAAAACAAGAGGGCUUUCCCUGUCACUAGUUGCAGUCUUUGAUCCUCCCCACUGUGCUCCUUAUUUGUGCAUAACAUCAUGCAAGAGGCAGCAGGGCAGAGCACUAAGUCCAUGCUGUCAGUUUUGUUGAGGGAGAAUACUAAACUAGACAAAAGCCUGGAGUUCUUGUUCGGAUCCAUGUUCUCUCACAGAUGUCAGCCUAUGCUUUACCAGGGCAAGCCAUUUAACAAGUCCAGAAUAUGCAGCUUCAUCACAAUUAUCCUCCUCCCAGACCAUAAGAUGCCUGUGCAGCCUCCCAUUAAAAUUAGGGGAUUGCCAGUCCUCCAUGCUCCUCAUAGUUAGCACAGCUCUGCGCUGCAUUUACCUGGCACCCAAAUGCCUUUUUUAUUGCCUCAUGGGAAAGCCUUUAACCACCACGGCUGGGUUAAUGGCAAAUGACUUGGGAAGGUGUGAUACAAGGUAUUGUGGUAAGGCUUUAGAGAAAGUAAAAGUUGUGGAAAUGAUGCCCAGGUUUUUUUGGCAUCAACAAAACAGUUUACUUUGGACAGGGAUUUAUAUUCUCUCAGUUCCUAGAAGUUUUGACUGCCAAGGCAUCUGGAACGGAGCCAGUGAAGCUCACGAAGUAAUGUAUCAAAAGAAAAAGAAAAUGUGAUGAAACCUUGGCACCUUAAAACUGUUCUUUUUAUUUUUUUUCCCUCCUUAUUCUCAUAUAAGAUGAUUUAUGAACGAGAAAUGAGGUCUGGCAAUUUGUAUAUAACACACUGUCUCAACUCUUAAUAGCGUUCCAGUAAGCAAUAGUGCUUUUGGCAUAAGUGGUGAAAUUCCUGCAAGAGAAAAUUAUUAGAAAUCUUUACUUAAUAUUAAAGAUCAGCCUCAGCUAAAAUAUGUAUCCAGACUAUACUUUUUAAGGGUGUUUCAGAAUCUGAACUCAGACCCAGGUCCUGGAUUUUAAUUAAGCAGAAAUUCUGAAAUGACGUCUCUACUUUGUAGCUUGAUUCCAUCUCUAUCUACAAUUUAAUCUCCAGUCUUCAGCUGAUGUAUCAAACUUCUAAGAGCCCAGCCAAGUGGGCUUAAUGCAGGCACAUCACUAUUGCUCUAUGGACACUGGUGGGCUUGUAUUAAGAGCCCUGAGAUAAAGCCCCAGAUGCUGCAGAGCUGGGAGUACUUGCUUAGUUGCAAAGUGCACCACUGCAUGGGGGUCACCAUUCCCAGCUCCAGACUCAGACUUUUGCAGAGUUUGUAAUGCUUGAUGGUAGGUCUGUGUUGGUACUGAUAGUUGCAGUCAGCUUCAAGGACCAGGGUUUGAUAGUUGAACAGAGCCAAAGGACAGAAGCCACCUCCCAUCGAAUGGUGCUGACUGUGUGGUUGGAGCUUCCUGAGAUCCAACUUUAUUAAGCCAUUCCUCAGGUCAGCUUCAGGGUCAGACCCAAUGUCACCUUUGCUUCAGGGCCCUUAAGUUGUCUUCUGCCACCCCGCAGAAGCAGACUGAACCUGAGACCUGAAGCUCUUCUGAAGUUCAUUCAGGGUUUUGCAGUGGUACAUUGAGGGUACCGAAUUCCUGCCCUCCAACACAACCCUGCAACAUUAGAGACCUCAAGAAAAGAUUUGGGAGUUUUUGCUUGUUUUGGAGUUUGGUGGGUUUUAAAUUUUGUUUUGUUUUGUUUGGUUGGUUGGUUGGUUUUUUGUUUUGUUUUGUUUUGUUUUUUUCCUGUGAAGCAUUAUGGAGAGGGAUAGGCUAUAUUUAUGGGAGAUAGGUCUGGCCCAGAAUUUGAAGUUUUGUGUACAGGAGAGCUAAGUCUGUUGCUCUUGGCAUUAUGGAAAGGAUCUUCCUAAACAGACUGUCACAUCAUUUGCAGCUCUGCAAGGAUCAUUUCAAGGACCCUGCAGUACAUUUUGAUUCUCCUGAGACUGUGAAGGGUGUAAAGGCCAUUCCCAAGUUUGCAGGUGGCCUCAGUCUCAGUCUUGAUAUGCUAUCACCAACAUGUGUUGCUCAUGGACUUUUACCAAUGGGAGACAAGUGACUAAAUUUCAAUUAUUAUUCCCAUGUAGUCAGGGGGGUUGUGCAGCUUCUGUCAAGCGUAGCUCAGAGUGGAAAGGUUGGGCUGACAAAGGUGGGAAUCCUCUGAUAGAAAGGAGGGACAUGGAAAAUGUUAGCUCAUGUGGGAGCAUGGGUGGAAAAAUAAACAGAAAUGAGGAUUAUAUUUUAUCUUAUAAACCACAUUCCUCUAGGCUGUCCAUCCCAUGCUAUCACUUCAGAAAGACUGAAGCACUUAUUUUUUCACCUUUAGAGCUUCAGAGGAGCUUAGGUCUGUACUAGAGAGCAUCCAUAAAGCCCUGCAAUGUUUUCCCUCAUCCAGAGUCCAAAUGGUGCAAUCAAACUCUUUUUUCUUUCUUUAUGAAUUUUGAAAUGCCUGUAGUGGUGAAUAUUGUGUUAAAUUUAUAUAUAUAUAUACAUAUAUAUAUAUAUAUAUAAAAGAACAUUCUAUAUAAAUAUAUUAAAAAGGAAAUGUAAUUAAAAUGAAGGAAUUGCCUAAAUAGAACCCUGCACAUCUGUGAAACUUGGGCUGAUGCAUGGAACUAUUUUCUGCUGCAACUUUUGUAGCACCAAGGGUGUGAGAUCAGCCUUUGCCCACAGAGGAGAAGCUAAUGAGUUCUGGCUAAUCUGUGGUGGGAAGAAGGCCUCAAUCUGCCGCCUUCAUCUGGGUCAUGUCCUCGGAGAGGAGAGAUAAAAUCAGGUGAGACCAGAGUGUAAGGACUAAUUUAGCUUUCCACCACAGGCUUCUCCUCAGUCCUUGAAAAUGCAAACAAUCUACUGGAGCAUAUAUAACCUUCCAGGCAUGCCCAGGAUUUUCAGUUGUCCCUUUUGCUUCUCUCCAUCUCUAGAAAAAAAAGUCAAUCUCUAGGGGUGGGGAAGAAGCUGUAGCUGAUCUCAGUUUGGUUUAGCUUUUGCUUGCUUCUAAACAGUGUAAAGGCUUGGUGAUAACUAAUUCUGCUCCAAGUAAACAAUGGAAAACUUGCCACUAAGUUCAACUGGAGAUGGAGCUGAACUUUAUCAGCCCUGGAAAGGAGGGAUAGCAGGAGACAAGUGUUUCCUGAGGGCUCCAUGCAGCAGCCCAGACCUUGGAUCUUCUUCUUGCAGGCACUGGUCCCCUUUGAAAUACUAUUUGCUGCCAGGUCAAGGGAAGGGCUGGAAGUCAGACACUGUGAAAAGGACUGUCCCCAUCCCACUGGCCCUGGUUUGUGAUUAUUUCUCCCACUAGCUCUAAUGGAUCGUAUUUUUGUUAAGCUUUGUUCUCUGUGUGGACUUGCCUGCCUUUGUGCCUUAUUGCUUUAAAAAAAAAAAAGAAAAAAAACAACAACCACAAAAGUCCAAGAUGUUUUGCCAGGUCUCAGCCAUGAGAUUAAACUGGAGUUUUUAUAAAAACA